GCUCUCACACUGUCACGGUUCUUUCGCUGUCCAACUUCACUUGGCUUCCGUUUCACCGUCCCUUGUUCCAUAUGCCCAGCUUGUCGACCACGUCUUUCAAUUGGGGAGUACUUCCUAAGUUCCUCCCAUCGCCCAGAGGUGUGAACUUGCAAACGAUGAGUGAUGGCGGCGUGCUCGACAUCAGUGCUGCGGUGUGAUCUUGGAACCUUCCAGGCAGCUGCUCACGUGAGUCAUUGCCCCCCAAGAGCGGACGGGACUUGUUCGGUCUGGCCGGUGGCCUGGCCCGUCUCGCCGGGCCAACCAGGGUGGCGCACCACACCCGCUCGCCGCGCUGCUGCGAGGAGAGGGCCGCUCUGGCCCCCAGUCACGCAGCCCCACCCGUGUCCCCACCGUUGUGCUGACGGCCGGUGGCAGUCUCGGCAGGGCCGCCGGUUGCACGGCCCGACCAUGGUAGCGGGCGAUGACCGCAUGCUUGGAGAUGGGCCCUACUUCAGAACUGGGGGGACGUUUGGGGAGGAGCGCAUCGGCGCGGAGCACGGCGAGGGGUUCACAACGAUCCGGCCGAGCGGGCAGGCGCUGCGCGUGGACGUGGACUUUCUGAAUGAGAAGAUGCGCAAGCGUGGGCGGCAGCGCAUGCGCUUCCAGGUGCGCCCGGACGAGGCGUUUGGCCUGGUGUACUCGUGGGAGGGCGUCCUGGCCGACACGCGGCCCUCGCACACCGAGACCUGGCGCCGCCUCGCGGAGGAGGAGGGCCGCCCGGUGCCGGACUACAGCCGCCCCGUGCACAGCAUCCCCCCCGAGCGUGUCAUCACCCAGGUGCUGGGUUGGACAAGGGAGCCGGAGGAGGUGGCGCGCCUGGUGGUGCGCGCGUCGGAGCUGUACUGCCAAGAGGUGGCCAAGCUGCGUGCACCGCAGGCAGGCCUGCGCGAGUGGCUGCAGGCGCUGCGCACCGCGGGCGUGCCGUGUGCGGUGACGAGUGCGCUGAGCCGCGCGACGGUGGUGGCGAUGCUGGACGCGUGGGGCCUGCGGCACUUCUUCCAGGCGGUGGUCACCAACGAGGACGGCAUGGAGGCCAUCAGCCAGCGGUUCCUCUCGGCAGCGCUCAAGCUGGACCGGGCCCCCAACAGCUGCGUGGUGUUCGAGGACGAUCCUCGGGGGAUCGCCGCGGCCCACAACUGCACCAUGAAGGCCGUCGCCCUGGUGGGAACGCACCCGGCGUACGAGCUGGAGCAGGCGGACCUGACGGUGAGCAACUUCUCGGAGCUGUCGGUGAUCAACCUGAGGCGGCUCUUCGCAAACCAAGGGGCGGAGUUCAUGGAUCCCCUAAAGCAGCCUAGAAAUCAAAGCCCUCCUCGACGAAGGAACAGAAACGACAUGAUCCCACCGUGACUGUCUUGUAUUCUAGUUCUGCACGCCGGGAGGUGAAGUCGAAUUUCAUGCGGGAUGGGCUCGAGUGCCAAUCAUAGGGCAGUAGCCUGGCCACACGAUGAAUGGCCGCCUCCGUGCGCUGAUGUCUCAUAACAGCCCUGAUCAGGAAUCUGGGUAUAGCGCGCAUCCUUUUUUGGUGAUCAGGUAGGCGCCCCACCUCACAUAUACUGUGUCGACGUACCGUGUGAUUCCAUCCUCACGCAUGGCUGGCGGCGCCCAAGGCAAACUGCGGGGGUGCACCAUGCAAUCUGGAAGAGAACGACGAGGUCAAUCAUAAUACUCGAGGACAUGCUCUGGCCCGAUAGCACGCGGCUGCCAAACUCGUAUGUUGAUCGCCAUGUUUAAUCUAACUCAAG